AUGUUUUUUUUUAAUAACAUAAAGAGAUAUUGCUUUUAUACGAAAACAUAUGAAAAUAUAAAAAUUAUAAGAAGACUUAGAUUAGAAAAAGUGAAUAAAGAAAAAACGGAAAAUAAUGAAAUAUCAUUGAGUAUAAAUAUAAGUGAAACAAAUAAAAACAAUAAUUUGCAUUAUGUUAUUAAUAAUGAUGAAAAAAAUUUUUAUGAUAAAAUUUUUAAUAAAAUAAAACAAAUAAGUAUAAAAAAUGAUACAAAAAAUGCUGCCAUAGUAAAUAUCAGUAGUGAAAUAAAAUUAAAUAAAAAUGCUAAUAAUAGUAUUGUAUUUGAAAAAGAAAAAAAAGAUAAAAUAAAAAAUAAUUUUAUUAUUAGAAUUGAUAAGGAAAAUAAAACAGAUUAUAAUGAUGAUUUACAAAAAGACAACAGAUAUGAGAAAAAGAAAACAGAGGAAGAAGUAAAUGAAGAAGAAAAAUAUAAAUAUUUUAAGAAACAAAAUGAUUCUUUAAAAAAUGAUAAAAGUAAAAAUAACAAAAAUAAAAUUGUAAAAGAUGAAAAAUAUUUAAAAGAAAAAAAUAAGUAUUUAAAAAGAAAGGAUAUGUAUUUGAAAGUGAAAGAUGAACAUAUAAAAAAAAAUAGAAUUUCAAAAAAAGAUGAAAAAUCAAAUAGCUAUGUAAAGAAUGAAAUUCUUAUGAACAAGUUCAUAAAAAAUAAAAAAGAAAAAGAAAAAAAAAAUUUAGCUGAUAAAAGUAAAGAUAAUUUUAAAGUUACUGAUGAAGAUGAUAUUUAUAAUAAGGAUACUCGAAAAAACAUACAUGAUUUAAAUAAUGAAAAAAAACUAAAUAAAAACAUUGAAAAAGAUAAGAAAUAUUAUGAUGAUUAUUCGUGUGAAUUAACAAAUUACAAUAUAAAAAAUAAUAAAAUAUUACACAUUAAUAAUGAAAUAGUUGAUAAAAAUUAUAUAUUUGUUGAAUAUGAACAAUUUUGGAGUAAUGAAAAAAUAAACGAUUUAUUGAAAUCACAAAAAACAACAAAAGAUUUAAAAAAUAAAUUAUUUAAAGGAGUUUUAUAUGUUUCACCUUUUGAUACUAGCAAAUGUUUUGUUGUAAAUGAAGAAUCUUUAUCUUCUAAAAAUAAUUUUUUUUUUGUUUAUGGAUAUAUAAGUAGGAACAGAGCAUUAAAUAACGACAUAGUAUAUGCUUAUACAGCUAGAAGAAAAAUUAGACAAAUAGAAGAAAAGGAAAAUGAAAAUCAAGAAGAAAAUGAAGCAUUAUAUAAUAACAUAAACGAAAGUAAAGAUGAAAAUGAGAAAUAUUGUAGAGUAGUUAAUAUUGUUGAAAGAAGAAAUUUAGAAAUUGUUGGUAUUUUGAAUUAUUUAAAUAUUAAAGAAAAUAUAAAUAAUAAUUUUGGAAUGAAAGAAAAAACAAAUAAUUUGAAAAAUAUGAAUUGUUCAGAUAUAAAGAAUUAUUAUAACGAAAUUAAAAAUGAUAAUAAUGAACAAAUAAGUAAAAUUAAUGAAAAUUUCGUUAAAAAAAAUAAUAUAAAAAUAAUAAAAAAAGAAAAUGAAUUAAAUAAAAAUGAAAACGAGAACAAAAACGAGAAGGAACAUUUUUUUGCAAAAAUACAGCCAAGUGAUACGCGCUUGCCAUGCUUUAUAUAUGAUUCUUCAGAUUCUAUAAUUAAUAAAAUAUUGUAUUAUAUUAAAAAGAAAAAAAUAAGUUUAUGUGUUUUGGUGAAAUUUAAGGAAUGGGAGAAGAAUCAAAUAAAUCCAUUAGGAAAUAUUAGUAAAAUUUUAGGAAAUGAAAAAAACUUUUUUGGUAUGAUAUAUUUAUUAUUACACUUUUAUAAAAUUAAUUUUCAUAUAUAUAAUGAAAAUGAUAUGUUCUAUUUAAAUUCCAGAAUAAAUGUAAAUGAAAGAAUUAUUAAUAAUUUUAUUAAUCGUAAAAAGCAUGCAUUAAUGUUAGAUGAUAAAAAUAAAGGAAAUGUGACAUACUUUGAACAAUAUGACAAGAAAAUAAAUUAUCUUAAAAAUCUUAAAGAGAAAAGCAAGAAUUUAGAAAAAUAUAUGAUAAAAUGCUUUUUAAAAAAUAGAGAUAUAAUUACGCAUUUAGAUAUAUUUACAAUUGAUCCUCUAAAUGCAAAAGAUUUAGAUGACGCUUUAUCUAUUGAAUUUGUUGAGAAUAAAAAUAAUCUAACAAAUAAAUUUCAAUAUAAAAUAGGAAUACAUAUUUCUGAUGUUUCAUUUUUUAUAUCACCUAAUUCUUACUAUGACAAUAUAGCAUCAAAAAUUUGUAAUACAAUAUAUAUGGAUUUUCUGGUAAUUCAUAUGUUACCAUCCAUCUUAAGUGAAGAAAUAUGCUCAUUGAAUACAAAAAGUGAAAAACUUUCCUUUUCUAUUUUUUUCUAUUUAAACGAUUUAAGUAAUCCAUAUAAUAUAACAAAAAAUGAAAAUUUAGAGAAUAUAGAAAUAAAAAAAUGCUUAAUUAAGAGUCAGUAUAAAUUAAAUUAUGAUCUAGUUGAAGAUUUUCUCGAUGAUAUUUAUUUUAAUAUGAAUGAAAGAAGUGAGACUAUUAAAGAACAGGAAGAAAAAAUAUUAAUUAAUGGUGACCUAAAUUUGAAUCAUUUUGUAAAUGAUUUUCAAAAUCUUUGUAAAAAGUAUAAUUUGUCAGUUAAAAUAGGAAGUGAUAUAUUUAGAUUAUAUUUAUUAUCAAAAAUGUUGAAAAAAAAAACAAAAAGAAAGAAUAUAUAUCAGAAAUAUUCUUUAUUAUUUUCUUUCAAUAAUACAGAUAAUAAUCAUAAUGAAAAAAAAAUAAUUCCUGUGAGCAUAGAAGAAAUAACAAAAGAAUAUUUAUUAUCGUUAAAAAGUACUAAAAUAUCUCUUGAAAAUUUUUUACAAAGAGAAAAAUAUAAAAAUUUAUUAAAUGAAACAAAUAUUAAAAAUGUUAGUAUAGAAACAUUUGAUUAUAAAAAAAAAAGUCAUAUGUUGAUUGAAGAAAUGAUGAUUUUAGCAAACUUUCUGGUGGCUCAUAAAAUUUCUUGUAACAACAGGUUAGGAGUAUUAAGGGUACACCAAGAUACAACUGAAGAAAUAAAGAAAAACUUUUUAAAAAUAAUUGACUAUAAUACUUAUAAUAAGAUUAACAAUAUUAUUGAUAUAUAUAAAAAUAGUAUUAAUGAUAUUCUUCUUGUAUGCGAAAAAAUAUUAAAUAAAAAUCAAUUAUUAUGUCUUCAUUAUAAUAUUUUAAAAUAUUAUAAGGAGGCUAUUUAUAUUCCAUCCGUAGAAGGUGAAAAUAAUUCUGAUCAUUUUGGUUUGCUACUUAAUAAAUAUAUUCAUUUUACAUCUCCAAUAAGAAGAUAUAUUGAUAUUAUUAUUCACAGAAUUUUAAAUAACAUUAUUGAAAAUAAAAAAAUAUGUUAUAAUUAUGAAGAGUUAAAAAAAAUAUGUGAUCAGUGUAAUUAUCAAAAGAAAAAAACAGAUGAAGCUCAAAUUCAUAUGAAGAAUUUUUUCUUAAAUAAAUAUUUAGUAUACUUAAAUGAUAUGUAUAAAAAUACAAAAAAAAAAAAAGAAAAAAAUUUAAAGAAGAAAGUACUUAUAUUGAAUGAAAAAAAUCAAGUAAAUGAUGAAAACGAAAAGGGAAUUUUCCUAGAUGAAAAAAAUGAAACAUAUAAAGACAAAACAGAAGCAAUUAACAAAAAUGAAAAGGAUUAUAUGCAUACAAAUGAUAUAUGUGAAAAAAAAGAAAAAGGAAUAAAGGAAAAUUAUUUAAUAAAUAAUAAGAGUACUAAAAAAGAGAAAUGUAAAACAAUUAAAAAAUACUUUUAUUUAAAUAAAGGAAUAGUAAGUUUUUUAACUGAGGCUUACAUUCAAGAAAUAAUUAUUACUAAAAAUAUAAAAGAAAACAUCUGUCUUAAUAUAUUAAAAAAUAAUUACAUAUGUGUUAAUGAAAAAGAAGAUAAUCAUUUAAAUAAAAUUAUUUAUACUUGUUUCACAUUGGAUUCCUCUAAAAAUAUAUAUACAACAGAUAAUAUAGUAGAUAAUAAAAAUACUAAUUAUGAUAAUGUAAAUUUGUUUAAUAAUACAUCUAAAAGUGAUUACAAGAAUAUGAAUAAUAAUAACGAAGAAAAUUUGAAAUUAAAACUUAAAAAGAAUUCUAAUGAAAAUGGCAAACUAAAAAAUGCAAUCGUUUUUUAUGUUCCAUUACUAGAAACAGAAAAAUCAAUUAGUGAUAAUUUAUUAAAUUUGCAAUUUAACUUUAUUUUAUUAUCUUAUAAUGAAGGCACAUUUAUUUAUAAUUUAUCAAAAGAUAUAUUAUUUAAAAUUAAUAUGAAUUGUUAUAAUAUAGAUGAAACCUUUGAAAAUUAUUCUUUAGAUGAAGAGGAAAAAAGUAAAGAUAUAAAUUCAGAAAAUGAAAAAAAAAGGAAUGAGCAUCUUUAUAAUAUUUUUAAAAUUUUAAGUGAACUAAAUUUAGAAGUAAAAUACAAAAUGUUGAAAUUAGAAGACAGAAAAGAAUUUCAAAAGAUUUACGAUGAUUUAUAUAUUCACGAUGUUUUUAUCAAAAAGAAUGAAGAUGUUCAUGAAGAAGAUAUGUUUAAAGGUAAGAUAAACAAUGAAAAUAUAAAUGAAGAAAACAUAAACAAAAAAGAUGUAGAUGAAAAAACCUUAGACGAAAAAUAUUUAAACGAAAAUAUAAAUGAUAAUUAUAUAGACAAAAAUAAUGAAAAUUAUUAUAUAGAACAUACAUAUGAUAAAAAUAUGGAAUUUAAAUAUUGCAAUAAAUAUGAAAAAGUUAGUAGAUUUCAAAAAAUAAAAAUUUUUAUUAUACCAGGUUCUCAGAUGUGGACAUUGAAUCUUCUUUAA